UGGAGAAAUUAUAAUCUGGUUUAAUCAAGUGAAAGUUGUUGAAAUACAAUGCCAAAAAGACAGGGGACAUUGGCCAGAGGCCCAGGUACAAGAAAAAGAAAGCAACACACUCCAGUUCAGGAUUUGGAGGAACCAGAUCUUGUGGCAGAUGCUGGUAAGGGAAAUAGCAAUAUCAUAGAUUUUGAGGAAAUUAUCAAUAUGUCAAACAUCUUGCCAAUUGCAAACAAUGUUAGCCUGCCAGGGUGUGGCUCCCCCCAAGAGGCAACUGUCUCUGCUCCUCCAGAUAAUCUCCCAAACCCAAAUUGUGAGGUUAGUAUUCCUCAACUUAGAUUAGCUGAUGAAGAGCUCGCUGCUCACAUUCCUGUGUCAAUAAAACAGCAAAUUUACAGGGGAGAAUAUGUGAACUUAGCCCUGCUCCUGAAAGGAGCUAUAGAGCUCACAGAAAUUUGCAGUGGCAGUGUACUUAAAUUGAACCCAGACGGAACAAUUGAAUCUAAGCCAAAACAGUGCAAAGACCGAAUUACAUCAAUAGAGAAAUGGACAGAUGCAUUUAUAUUUUUUUCAUCAAUUUACUGCUCUAAAUUUCCAGCCCAAAACCUCCAGUUGUUACAUUAUAUGUACAGCAUCCGAGAAUGUGCAGCUCACCAGGGUGAGGACACUUGGCUCACCUAUGAUGAACAAUUUAGGCUCAGACAGGCACAAAGCCCUACGUCAUGGGCGGACAUUAACAAUGAUCUCUGGUGGCGUUGCAUCCUUGUGCGCAACAAUGCACAAGUAAUCCCACAGGGUCAGGGCAAACUUAGGUACACUUGCAAUGCCUACAACAGCAACUCCUGCAGGUGGCCCAACUGCAAGUUUUCACAUGCAUGCUCCUCCUGUGGCGCACGCCAUCCACAGAUAGCCUGCCCCUUAAAACAAAACAUAGGACAACAAGCGUCUCCCCCAACCCAUAAUUUUCGUAGGCAACCUUUUACAAGGAUGCCAAGAGGCAGGGGCCAUGAGUUUAACACCAAAUACUAGUUUCUGUAAAAAAUCCUCAGUCAACACAAGUUUGGCAACAUCACCUGUAAAUAUUGAUACUCCGAUCAAAUUCUCUGAAAGUUACGAUCCCCAAGCAACAAAAUUUUUAAUUGAAGGAUUCAAAGAAGGAUUUCUCUUACAAUAUUUUGGCCCUAGAGUUGGUCGCGAUGCAAAAAAUCUACAGUCUGCAGUGGCCAACCCGGAAAUUUUGCAAUCAAAAAUAGAAAAAGAGGUCAAAGAAGGCCGGGUCGCA